AUGAGCACAGCGCAACACGCAUUCUCCGCGAGAGCGAUGAUGGCCGCCACGUCUUUUUCCCAAAAGGCGCUCCGAGCGAAGCGCGCGACGACGUCGACGACGACGAUUCAGACGACGAAGAGAUCCUUGUCGAUCAAAUCUGCAAUCGCCGAACCGGAAACCGCCACUGGUACCGCGAAGAAACCGAGAGAUGAUUUGCGCAACAUUGCCAUCAUCGCGCACGUCGACCACGGGAAGACCACUUUGGUGGAUUCCAUGUUGAAACAAUCGUCCGUUUUCCGCGACAACGAGAAAGUGGAGGAAAGAAUCAUGGACUCGAACGAUUUGGAAAGAGAGAGAGGUAUUACUAUUUUGAGUAAGAACACCUCGGUGGAUUACAAAGGAACGAAGUUGAACAUCGUGGACACCCCGGGGCACGCCGAUUUUGGCGGCGAAGUCGAACGCGUUUUGAACAUGGUGGACGGCGUUUUGUUGUUGGUGGACGCGCAGGAAGGUCCGAUGCCGCAAACAAGAUUUGUACUGAAGAAAGCCUUGGCGCUCGGGUUGAAAGUGUUGGUUGUGGUGAACAAAGUAGACAGAGACGGGGCCAGACCGGAUUGGGUCGUCGACACUACGUUUGAUUUGUUCUGCUCUUUGGGCGCCGACGACGAGUGCUGCGAUUUCCCAGUCGUUUAUGCGUCUGGUUUCCAAGGCAUCGCCGGGGACGAUUACACGGACAUGAGCACCACUUUGGAACCGUUGUUUGAGGCUAUUUUGAGAGAAGUGCCUCCACCGAAGGUUGACAUGGAAGCGCCGUUACAAAUGAUGGUGACCAACUUGGAUUACGACGACUUCAAAGGUCGCAUCGCGCUCGGCCGCGUGAACCAAGGAACGAUUUCGAAGAACCAACAAAUUAAGAUUGGCGUUCCGGAUGAACCGACGAGAAACGGUAAGAUUAACGAGUUGUUCGUCUACAGAAACUUCGCGAAAUCGUCCAUCGAGGAAGUUGGUGCGGGCGACAUUUGCGCCAUUGCCGGUUUACCGGACGUCAUGAUUGGCGAAACCAUCUUUGUGGAUGGCUCGGAACCAUUGACAAGACUCUCGGUCGAAGAACCGACAGUUCGCAUGUCGUUGAGCGUGAAUAUGUCUCCGUUUGCCGGUAAAGAAGGGAAGUUUGUCACUUCGAGGAACAUCAAGGACAGAUUGGAUCGCGAGUUGGAAAGAAACUUGGCGUUGAGAGUUGAACCCGGGGAAACCGCGGAUACCUUUGUCGUUUGCGGCAGAGGUGCGUUACACAUCACAAUCUUAAUUGAAACCAUGAGAAGAGAGGGCUUUGAGUUUUGCAUCGGUCCGCCAGAGGUCAUCUACCAAGAGAUUGAUGGCCGCAAGUGUGAACCGUUUGAAGAGGCGCAAAUUGAAGUCGGCGAGGAAUACACCGGAUCGUGCGUCGAUUUGCUUUCACAAAGAAAGGGCCAAAUGCUUGAUUUAGUCACCAACGACAAAGGUCAAACGACGUUGAAGUACUCGAUUCCGACCAGAGGUUUGUUAGGUUUGAGAAACGCGAUUUUAACUGCGACCAGAGGUACCGCGGUGCUCAACACGAACUUUGAAGCUUACAAAGAGUGGGCUGGUGAGAUUCAACAAAGAGAUAACGGGUCUUUGGUUGCCUUUGAAACCGGUGCCGCGACGUCGUACGCCAUGUUUUCUGCGCAAGAAAGAGGUAUUCUGUUCAUUAAACCGCAGACUGAAGUGUACGAAGGCAUGGUUGUCGGUAUACAUCAACGCGCUGGCGAUUUGAAAGUCAACGUGGCGAAGAAGAAGGCGGCGACGAACGUUCGAAGUAACAAGGACGCGACGGUCGUUUUGAACGAACCGAAAACGUUGUCUUUGGAUGACUGUGUCGAAUACAUCGGCCCGGACGAGUUAGUUGAGAUUACUCCGUUGAACAUCCGUAUCAUGAAAAACCCGAAGAUGGGAAAGCGAGCCGAUCGCUCGAAGAAGGGUGGGAAUUAA